ACAUAUUAAUUCGGUCACACUGAAGCGUAGAUAAAUUACAUUUUGUUAACAAUUUAAAUUGUUAUUGAAAAUACGCGUAAACACGAUAGAAAAUCAAUGCGGCUUUUUAAAAAAUAGGCCACACCUCUCGCCGUACUGCCACCGCCAUGUGUUGAAGGCAAAAGUGCUUUCGGAAAGGCGAUUUUGCUUCCAUAGGUCCGUCCACGACCCAAAACAAGAAAAAUUCGCGAACCGCCACAACGAAGUUGCAAUGCGCUGCAAUUGAGAAUUGAGGUAUGCACACAGCAUAUGAUAUCACCAGCAAAGCCACUAACCGUGCCGCCACAUCCAAUCAUUGUGCUAACCGAACAAACCCCAACGCCGCAUAUAACUCAAAAUGGCAUUUCUGAGCCCAAGCCAGUUGAGAACAUUCAUUUGUUACAAACACCGCGUGUUUUUGGCGUAGCGUGCAAAACAACGCUGUCAUCUGUCGAUAACUUUAUCGGCUGCCUUGUUUGUGGCCCUGUUAUCGCGCAAGGACCACGAGAGCGCCUGCCGCUCGCUCGCCGAAAACCGUUCGCCAGUGGGUGGGUGGUGUGAAAAAAGUGCGUGCGGAAUUGUUUAUAGGCUAAGAAAAAGGGCACCAGCAGCGCCCAGCACUAACUAUUAUCGGAUUAUUUCGCUCGAUGGUUUGCCUGGUGGCUGCAUAGACAAUGUGACAGGACAUCCCAUGCCGUAUGCUUGUGUAGAGAAGAGGCUGUGCAUCCCCCUCCCCCCUUGCAACGCGAAAGUUAUCAGUUAUCAGGCACAUUCCGAGCCGACGGCUGGACUGCUAGAUAGGUACAGGUACAGGUACUGCCCAUGAUCUCAGGUCUUCCCUCCCGUGCGACUCAAGUUAGCCCAAAGGAGGACUGCAGUGAUAGAGAGCAAUAGCACAAUGGCCAACAACAAUCAUCCGCACGGCCACCUCAGCCAGGCGGCCCAGAACCCAUCAUGGAACCCGCUGCAAAUACCAUCGUACAUUCCACGGCAGCCGCAGCUGGCGCAUAUGUCGAACGAGCGGCCCAUGGUGCGCUCGCCCCUGGCCUGGCAUGCCUCCGUGUCCGCCCAGCCACCGCCGCCGCCAGACGCCCUUUACAAUUUUAUGUCGGCCAAUCAUAAAAACCUGGAUCAUCAUCAUCAAAUGAAUCCCUUGCUGGCGCCGCCAUACACUGGAACCUUGCCAUUCGACUCCAUGGACCUCUCGUUGCAGUCCGCACGCAGCGCGGCCCAGCCGCUGGCCAAGCAGCCCCAGCAAUCCCAGCAGCAGUCGCAGCAGCAGCAGCAGCAGCAGCAGUCCCUCAUGCAUGCCCCCAACUAUCCGACUAUCAGCCAAAACCUAGCGUCAAAUGCAACGCCAACGAGCGCACAGCUGCAGCAGCAGCAGGGACACCUUGCAGCCAUGGCGGCGGUCAUGCUGCAGUCGAGCAACCAGAAUGCAGCCUCCUCCUUGGUCCUGUCCAAUGGCAGCGAUUGCGAAUCGCUGCUACCGCGGCCGCCGCCCACAGCUAAUCAACCACCCGGCAGCAGCAGCAGCAAUCAUACCGGCAGCAACAACAAUGUCCCCAGCCCGCACUAUAUGCAGAAUCGCGACGAGAACUUUAAAUUGUCGCAGCUAAAGCGCAGCUUCGAGCAGGAGGUGCUGUCGUCGAAGAGCAUGCAGAAGGACAAACAGUCGCCGCACAAUCUCCAGCAUCAGCAGCAGCAGACCCAGCAGCAUGCGAAUAAGAAACCCUCACCCUUGCGCAAUUAUCAUCAUCAGCAGCAGCAGCAGCAACAGCAGCAGCAGCAACCGCCUCCGUACAACCUAACUCCAAAAUACAAUGGUCCCCAAACGCCACCAACUCCGCAGUCGCCGCUGGCCGGGCCACCGCACCAGAUGCACUCUCCCACAAUGGACUACAAUCAGCUGCAUCUGCACCACCAGCUGAAUAGUGGCAGCCACGGGGGAGGCGGCUACCAGCACAUGCAGCAGGAGCAGCCACAGCACUUGCACUAUCAUAAUCAGCAUGUGGGAGGCAAUCAGCCUGUUUCGGUCGCUUCCCCUCUACAUCCGCCACCGCCCCAUUUAAUUAGCUCUCAGUUCCACGCCCAACAACAGAGCACAGCCCAGCCGCAGCAUCAGCAGCAACAGCAGCAGCAGCAGGCGCCAUCAACGCAGCAACAUACGACACAUCAUUCCCGCAGCUCGCAACUGACGAAUCUCGAGUCGAUGGCCAAGCAAAAGACGCAGCCUGAGGCGGAGAAUCAAACAGUUAUCACGGAUCUAUCCUAUCGGAAUGCGGCGCCUUCACUGCCACCCGCUCCGGCGGGAGAGGUGGAGAAACCACCCGUUACAGAUGCCCCCGAAUCACCCUACCUGACCACAUCCAACGAGGAGUCGCUGGAGUCGAAUAGCAACAGCAGUAACAGCCGCAAACGGCGCAAGCGGAAGUCCAGCCUCGUCAUGCGGGUCACACCCAAUGAAAAUGCGCCCGAGGGAGCAGUAGCAGCCAAGCAGCAGCCGCAGCAGCAGCAGCAGCCUGGACACACGCCCAGCCAUCACAGCAACACCUGCAGUCCAAAGCAGUCGCCCAAGAUCGCGGGCUCCGACUUUCAACCGUUUGGCAUGCAGUCCGAGUCCCAGAAUGACAAGACGAAGCAGGAGAACGGCCGGGGAUCGUCGCCAACGCCUACGGAGAACAGCAACAGCUCCACGCUCUACAACGAUGAGAAUCCCAAGACGAAGAAGCAGCGGCAGGCCCUGCUCCAAAGAAACCUCACGGAGCAGCAGCGCAUCCAGCAAGAGGACGAACCGCCGCUGAAGCACACUCCGCCGACCCUGCCACCACCGAGUCCACAGAGCAACAGCAGCAGCAGCAGUUCGAGCAGCUCCAGCGGCAACACGCACAGCAGCCAUAGCAGUCAUGCCACCAGCAACGAUGUCCGGCGUCCAGAGAAGCCCGAGAACGAUGAAAACAAUGCCACAACGGACACGCCCGCGUCUCCCGCUCUCGUCGAGCAGGGAAACAUUGAUGCCAGGCCAGCGGUGAGUGUGCACGAGUGCGACGAAGAAGAGGAGCCAGUGGGCGGUGCCACCAAGGAGCCGGAGUCACCUCAACCAGCGCCAGUUCCUGCUUUGCCCCUGGAAGUCCCCGAAACAAUCACAGCAGCAGCAGCAGCACCGCCACCCACUAAGGAAACCCCACCUGCGGCCAACUCUGAGCACUGUGCGUUCGGAGAGGUAGAGGAUAAGCUGGAGGAGAUGUUUGCUGGCAUCGAGGAGGAGCCCGAACAGAAUGGCACACCGGAGAAGCCUGCCCACCCAGCCGGAGACGAUCCAGUGGCGCACGAUUUGAGUGCUCAGCUGGCUCUGGACAGCGCCAAGGUAGAGAAUGAGCCAGCGGCAGCGGGAACACCAGCAUCAGGCUCACCUGCAACUGCUCUUCCACUCGUCAUCCCCGAAGUGCGUCCGGUGGCCACCAAGGCAGCGAAGAAGUCGACCCUGCCCAGUCCUGUGCACAGCCCCACGCCAGAAACUCGCUCCACUUCAACGCCUUUGACUGCCAACGAGGACGUAAAAUCUCCCAGCAUCCUGACUCCUCCCAAGGGCGCGUCGUCCCGCCGGCCGCCACCACGAAGGCUCUCCAUGGGCAUGGAUGCCUCCCUGCUGCGUUUUAUGAUCGAUGAGCCGACAGGCAAGGCCAAGAAAGCCGGUGGCCGUGGCAGAAAGCGGUCUGCUCCCGAGCCAGAGCUAGACAGCGAGGAUGAUGACAAGCCCAGUACCUCGGCAGCGGCAGCCGCGGCGUUGGCAGUGCGACAGCAGAACGAGGUGGCUGCCGCCAAAGCAGCGAUCCCCAAGGCCACAGCGACCAAGAAGAAGAACGCGGCCGGCGGAAAGGGCAAGAAGGGGGCAGCGGGGAAGAGCAAGGCCAAGCAGAACGGAAAGAAGUCAAGUGCAGCAGGCCGCAAGCCGCCGACCACCGACGAGGACAGCACCCAGGCGCCCACGAACGGAGGAGGAGGUGUUGAUCUGCGGUUCAAGUCGCCCUUCAUUCUGAUCAAGCCAGACGGCAGCGUGAGCAUCAAGAACACACACAGCGCCGAGGACGUCAACGAGAAGCAGACCAAGGCCAAGAAGGCGCCCCACGAGAGGAAGAGUCUGCGCGGGAUGCACAGCUCCACGCUGAGCAAUCGCUACGAUGCCGACACCACCGACUCCACGUGGAUAUGUGUGUUCUGCAAGCGGGGACCCCACAAGAUGGGACUGGGCGACCUCUUCGGACCCUACCUGGUGUCCAACGACUGCGACGAGUAUCGGGCGGCUCUGCAGACGCCCGGCAGCCAGGACUUUGAUGGAGUCUUUGUAAGCAAGCGCAGGCGAGAGGAUAUGGUCCAGCAUCGACGCAACCUGCCCGUGGUGCCAGCCACACUGGCACACAUCAUGCAGGCACCGAAGAUCAGCAUGCACAAGCGAAAGCGCAAGCACACCCACGACAGCGUGUACUCCUGCAGCGAUGAUCUGAACGAGUCGCAGUCACAGUCAUCGCAGGAACCGCUCGACUGCGGCCAUGAGACGAAGUUCGUCGAGACGUUUCGCGGCAUGUGCAAGACCUCGGAGCACGGGUACGAGGUCUGGCUGCAUGAGGACUGCGCCGUCUGGACCAACGACAUUCAGCUGAUUGGCGCACAUGUAAACGGACUGGAUGCCGCUGUGUGGGACAGCACGCGCUAUCAGUGUGUCGUCUGCUGCCAGACGGGUGCCAGUGUGUGCUGCUUCGAGCGGUGCUGCAAGGCGACUGCCCAUGUGCCCUGUGCACGCUCCUCCAACUGGACUCUGGACGAGCAGGAGCGCAAGGUCUUCUGCCAGAUGCAUGGGCAGUCACAGUCCCAGUCACAGUCGCAGACGCUGUUACAGCCGCCGCCGGAAGUCUUCAAAGCUGAGCCUGUGGCUGCAGCUCCGCCAGCAACUGUCCCACCACCCAGGUUCGAUGUCAGUUCGCUUCCCUGAGUACGAGUUCGCGUCCGGGACUGCCUCCUGAUCGCCAAGCGUUGAGCGUUAAGCGCAGCCUCUGCCGCUGGCCCCACCCCGAAUCCGCUUGUACGCCCAUGUCCACCGCAGCCUUUACGUAGGCUUUGUAAAUAAGUUGCCCGAUCCGUGGGCUGUUUCGUAGUCGCGUGUGAAGUGUUUUGUACAAAUCCGCUGUACAUUCGACAAGCUUUGACGCACAGCACAGAUGACAUCAGUCUAUGCUCCAUGUAUCUAUGCUCUCCUCUAGUUAGAUUCCUUUCACAAGUCCUUAGUUUUCUAUACCUAAAUUAUUAUUUCGAUAUUCACAGACGCGCCAGUCCAGCCCUGUGCACCCCCCUUGCAUUAGUACCUUUUAGUUUAAAUUAAUUUAGCGCCCCUGCCCUCUCACAUCAUCACGCAAGCCAAUUGAUAAUUUGAUUCAACGAACACACUCCCUGCCAUACUCCAUCCGACAGCCAACUGGACGCAGAAAAUGGGGGAAAUUCCACUGGAGUUGAGGUGGCAGCAAUGAGAGAACAUUCGAUGCCCUAUUCUAAAUGGAAAACAUUGUAAAACAAUAUAUAAGUAUAAAGUAUAAAGUAUAAAUAAUAUUAAUAAUUCUAGCAACGAUAAGUGAAAAGUAUAAAUAGAACCUUGUAUUGUAUUCAUACAUGCUAAGAACUGUACGUAUAUUGAUGAUAAUUUUUAAUUCUAAAACAAAGUAUAAACAAUAAACACUUAAUC